CGCCCGCCUCCAUCCGGGGGCCUGAGCCGCUAAAAUGGCGAUGGCCGUAUUGGUGGCGGCAGCUCGCGCGGCUCCCGGGAGCCCGGGGCUAGGGGCCGAGUAGUCCCUUCCCCGGAGCCCGCGUCCUGGUCGCGGGGCGCCCUGGGGCGCGGCGGCCGCAGCCCCCACCCGGAUCCUCGGUCUGCCCUCCUGGCGCGUCCAUGAACUCGGUGUCGCCGGCCGCCGCGCAGUACCGGAGCGGGAGCCCGGAGGACGCGCGCCGGCCCGAGGGCCGCAGGCCGAGGGUUCCUCGAGUCCCGGACCCCAACGGCCUGGGGCCCUCUGGAGCCAGCGGUCCCACUCUUGGCUCUCCUGGAGCUGCCCCAGUUGAGCCGGACGAAGUGGACAAGUUCAAGGCCAAGUUUCUGACUGCCUGGAACAACGUCAAAUAUGGUUGGGCGGUUAAAAGCCGGACCAGCUUUAGCAAGAUCUCCAGCAUUCACCUCUGUGGCCGCCGCUACCGUUUUGAGGGCGAAGGUGACAUCCAACGUUUCCAGCGAGACUUUGUGUCACGCCUGUGGCUCACUUACCGCCGGGACUUUCCACCCCUGGUGGGGGGCUGCCUGACCUCCGAUUGCGGCUGGGGAUGCAUGUUGCGCAGUGGCCAGAUGAUGCUGGCCCAGGGCCUGCUACUGCAUUUCCUCCCUAGAGACUGGAGAUGGGCCGAGGGCACAGGCUUGCUUCCCCCUGAGCUGUCAGGGGUGGCCUCUCCCAGCCGGUACCGUGGGCCUGCCCGCUGGAUGUCCCCACACUGGGCUCAGGGCACCCCUGAGCUGGAACAGGAACGUCGGCACCGGCAGAUUGUGUCCUGGUUUGCUGACCACCCCCAGGCCCCUUUCGGUCUACAUCGGCUGGUGGAGCUGGGACAGAGCUCAGGCAAGAAGGCGGGUGACUGGUAUGGGCCAUCGCUGGUGGCACACAUCCUCAGGAAAGCUGUGGAGAGCUGCUCAGAGGUCACCCGCCUGGUAGUGUAUGUUUCUCAGGACUGCACAGUUUAUAAGGCGGACGUGGCACGCCUGGUGGCCAGGUCGGACCCUACAGCUGAGUGGAAGUCUGUGGUCAUCCUGGUGCCUGUGCGACUGGGUGGUGAGACGCUCAACCCAGUGUACGUGCCCUGCGUAAAGGAGCUACUGCGGUCAGAACUGUGCUUAGGCAUCAUGGGGGGCAAGCCACGACACUCACUGUACUUCAUCGGCUACCAGGAUGACUUCCUGCUCUACCUGGACCCCCACUACUGCCAGCCAACAGUGGAUGUCAGCCAGGCUGAUUUUCCCCUGGAGUCUUUCCAUUGUACCUCACCCCGUAAGAUGGCCUUCGCCAAGAUGGACCCUAGCUGUACCGUGGGGUUCUAUGCUGGAGACAGGAAGGAGUUUGAGAAGCUCUGCUCGGAGCUGACCAGGGUUCUCAGCUCCUCUUCAGCCACAGAACGGUACCCCAUGUUCACCCUGGCCGAGGGCCACGCUCAGGACCACAGCCUGGAUGACCUCUGCUCCCAGCUUUCCCAGCCAGCCACUCUGCGCGCCCCUCGCACAGGGCGCCUCCUCAAGGCCAAAAGGCCAAGCUCCGAGGACUUUGUGUUUUUAUAACGGAAUUGGGGGGGAAAAGAUGCAAUACUAUUUAUUUUUUUAUUUAUGUCAUCUUGGAUAUGGGAUCUAGAACUCUGGUGAUAGGAUCCCCAUUCUCACCCCCUCCACAAACCCGGCUGAGACCUGUCUAGGACUCUGCAGGUCUGGGGCUGUUCUAGCAGUGGAUGAGCCCCAGGCAGCCUGCCUCCUGCCAACUGGGUCCUCCUCACAGGCAGGGAGUGAGGGAGGACUCCCGGGCACUCACUCAGGGCCUGACUCAAGUACUGUAGUUUGCACUGGACCAGCUGUGCCCCUCAUGUUCCCAAAGCCCCCUUCUAAGGGAACUUUGGCUGCUGGGGGAUAAUAAAGCUGCUGAACUUGAACGUGGAAA